AAAAGUUCGAUCUGAAUAUAUGAUUCCUGUAGUAGUGUCUAGUUCAAUAAUGUUGUGAUAAUGCUGGUGUUUAAUGGGAGAUAACAUUGAUUGGAAUAGAUUCUCAAGUUGAUUUCUCUCUAUUUUAUAAAGUAAUUGGGUUUAAAUCUACAACACUAAUCCUCCUCUUAAAUUAUAGAAAUUGCAGAGGCAAUAUUUAGAGGGACCAUGUCACGCCCCAGAACCCAAAUCUGGAGACGCGACAGACGCCGUGCACUCGUGAGACGGGUCCCACGAAUGCACAAAGCUCGAAACUUAUCCAAUUCACAAUCUGAUACAACCAAAUCUCAAGAUAAAAUUUUUACAAUCUGCUCUGACAUCAUAAAAUCUUCAAAUACACUCUAGUUUACAAGAUCAUAAUCUGUAUCUAAAAUCUAUAUCAAAUUCCAGGUGACUAGCCUUCUAUCUCGUCACUCCCCUCGAUUUCCCCCGUCCUUGGUUUCGCUUCCUGAAAUGGUGGACAAGAAAAACUAUGAGAUAAACUCAGUAAGUAAAUAUGGAUAGCCCUUGGGUAAAACUUUGAAGCAUGCCAGAUAAACCAUGUAAGCGUAACAGACUUUUAAUUAUAAACCAUUAAUGCGGAAAUCAGAUUCAGUUCAAUAACAAAACGUUUCAUGACAAACCGUUACAUGCAGAAGAAAACUCAGUUCAAUAG